AUGGGAAUCUGUUCUUCUUAGUCUAACUCGAAUUAAAAAAAUCCACGAUAAAAACAAUAGUUAAAAAUCAUCCUUCCUAACAAAUCUAUUGAUGAACCUAAACCUGAAAUAUAAGUUUAAAAUUAAUCGAAUAGAGAAGCUUCUGCUCAGAAUACUCCUGCUAUUCAGAAUAGCUAAUAAAGCAUUCAUUCUCCUGUGAAUGUUGUUGAGGAUAAGCGAAAAUCAGUGCUCUCACAUGGCUUGUCUAAAUAAGCCGAAAAACCAUUAAAAUAAAACAGCUCCAGGAAUAUUAGAUCUGGAUCACUGAGAUCCCUGAACAUUCCCGGAUCACCUUCAUCUUCGUAGAGAGGUUCCCUAUAACCAGGCGUCCAAUUUUUUAGUACGAAUGCUUCAAAAAAAUAUUCAUUCCUGCACAACAAAGAGUGUUAGAGAAAUCCAGAAUUGUCAUUCAUACAAGGGAACAAGAAUGGAAAGAAAGCUCGUUUGGAGGUGUUGUCCAAAGAAGAACAGGAUAGUAUCAAAUAUAUUUAUUGGUUAAAAUCUAAUCAAUUAGAUCAUAAACACAUCCUAAAGAACUUGGAAGUCCAUUAAGACAAUAAUGCAUAUUAAUUGGUCUUGGAAGAUUAUGAUGGCUGGAAGUUAUCUCGAUUACAGAACUCGGAAGAUCUCACAGAAAUAGUUUUAGCAAAUAUUGCUGACCAAAUGUUUCAAGUACUAAGCUAUUUUAAAAAUUUAUCAAUAAAUCAUGGCAACCUAACCAUGAAUAGUUGGGAAUACCAUUUCAUAUCUGGUUAAGUAUUUAUUAAGCUGGUUGACAUCAAAUCAAUCUCCACCAAAAAGGUGGAAGAUAUUGAUGUAAUAUGUUACAUGCCACCAGAAUAAUUAUACAAAGAGGAAUUCAAACCAGAACGAGACUUGUGGGCAGUCAUGCUUAUCCUAUAUACCUUGGGGAAGGGGAGUCUUCCUUAUCAAAUUCCCCCUUAAUAAUUACAUGAUGCUCCUUCUGUAAAGUAAUUAAUGUUGCAUACUACUUUUGAUGUGGAAGCGGAUAUUAAAAAGUUCUCAAAAGACUUUAUAAGUAUAUUGCAGUCAGUGGUGGCAGAAAAGUACCCAAAAAAAAGGAAAACUUUAGAAGAACUAAAAGCAAACAAAUGGAUAGUUGAUCUGAAAUAUCAAGAAAUUCCUUUGUAGGAGAGACUGUUAACGAACAUGUUAAAUUAAAAGGAUAGUUGCCUCCUACAGUAGGCUAUUCUUGAAAUAAUGAUCUAAGAGUUCGAGCAGGAAACUGCUCUGCAAUUAUAAAAAAUAUUCAGUGAAUUCGAUGGGGAUAUGGACACCAUAAUAAGUAAGGAAGAACUAAUAAAGAUGUUUCAAAAAUAUACCAAAUUGAAGGAUCUAGAGAGUUAAAUUGAUAAAAUAUUUGUGUCUCAUUCACUAAAAGAAGAGUAGAUGGCUUAGUUCACUUUUUUAUCGCUAGCUGCUCCUAGGGAUUAGUUGCUUACAUAAACUAAUCUUGAGACUGUGUUUAAUCUUCUUAGUAAUAACAAAUCAGAAAUUCAUGCUAAUAAUGUUACCAAGUAUCUCAAUGUGAUCAAUGAAGAAUUGGAAGCUCAAUUUGAUGAAUUGGCGCCAGAGAAAAAAUUAACUUUAGAUUAGUUCAUUCGGAUGAUGGAAUUACUAAGAUGA